UCUCAGAUCACUCCGUUUCAUAUCUAUCUCUUAUGGUGCAACUCCUCUCCCAGCUGACCAGUUCAAAGUCCCCAACCCUCUUCUCUUCCAUAUCGCAAGACGAACACAAUCGGCGUUACAAGAACUGAAAACUAGGGCUUUACAAAAUCAAUAUCUUUUUCUUCUCAGAGCUCGAUCAGAAUAUAGGAUUUCAUCUCAGAAAAUGGAUAAAUUGGACAAAUUGAAGCUCGCUUCAUCAUCGCUAGGCGAGAGAUUGAAGACUGGUGGUGCCCAGAUGAGUCGAAUCGUUAGCUCCAAAAUGAAGGAAAUUCUACAAGCACCAACGCCAGAGUCCAAGAUAGUCGACGAGGCGACGUUAGAGACCAUGGAAGAGCCUAAUUGGGGCUUGAAUUUGCGAAUUUGCGCGAUGAUCAACGGCGAACAGUUGAGUGGGACCGAGAUCGUGAAGGCCAUAAAGAAGAAGAUGUUGGGGAAGAGUGUGGUGAGUCAGAGGUUGAGUCUUGAUUUGCUAGAGACGUGUACGUCGAACUGUGAGAAGGUGUUUAGUGAAGUAGCGUCGGAGAAGGUGUUGGAUGAUAUGAUGAGGAUGAUCGAUGAUCCGAAAACGGAGCUUGAGAAUAGAACCAGGGCCAUGCAGUUGAUUAGGGCUUGGGGUGAGUCCGAGGAUCUCAUGUAUUUGCCCGUCUUCCAUCAAACUUACAUGACUUUGAAGACUAGGGGAACACCUCAAGGGGCUCAAGAUGGGAUGCAAUAUACCUUGGAGUCGUAUGUGAAUCAACAACCAAUGUCACCACCUGAAAGAUACCCCAUUCCUGACACGGGUUUGCGUGGUUCAGAUGAUAACACUUUUGCUUAUAGCUAUGCCAGCCAAUCCAUUGAAGAUAAUAAAGAACUUAUUGUGGUUACACGAAACAGCCUUGACCUGCUUUCCAGCAUCUUAAACUCUGAAACUGAACCAAAACCCAUCAAGGAUGAUCUGACGAUAAGCCUGUUGGAGAAGUGCAAGCAGUCACUGCCUGGCAUUCGCAGAAUUGCUGAAAGCACCACUGAUGAUGAGGCAAUGCUCUUUGAGGCUCUAAAUCUUCACGAUGAGCUUCAACGAGAGAUUUCCAAAUACGAGGAAAUGGAGGCUGCUCUAGAGUCUGGAGGAGAACAACGUGAAACUUCUGGUACGGCGGAAGCCAGUUUAGCGGCAAAGGUUGAAAAUCACAGUGAAACCCAAACGGAAGAUUCUCCAAAAACACAGAGCACUCAGUCCAGCAGUGAAGUCAAAAAGGCUGAUUUCCCAGAGGAUCAUCAUCUUGAAUCCGACAUUGAGAAAAGAAAUGAGGAGUGAGAGUUAACUGGGUGUUAGAACCAGUUUUAAUGGUCAUAUUUUGUUUGUAUGUGUACACCGGGCACAAGUUAUUAGCCAUCAACCUGUCAUGGUUGAUGAUUAGUUCAUCAGCUUACGGUAUUUUGUGUGAGGCAGUACCUACUGAUUUUGUGUGAGACAGGACCUAAUGAUUUAGUGUUUAUUUUUCCCUGUGAAAUAAUGGCUACAUAAGGAAGUUUCUGGUAACUUCAAUGCCAUGCUCUGAUUUUCAUCUUAACCUCCGAGUCCCUAAAGCCUGAACAGAACCCUUAAGUAUAUAUUUUUUUUCUUUUUUUUUUGGACAGAUCACCAUAAAUGAAUGAG